AUCUAUUCUAGAUAUAUAUAAAAUCUAAUAGAAUCUAGAUCCAUUCUUAUUCUAAACAUAGAAUCUAGAUAUUGAAUCAUUCUAAGGCUUAUGGCUUAUAAAUGGGUUCACCACAAUUAAUUGGUAAUUGGUUCACCUGACAAAUUGUUAACAGACAAAAGGCUGACUUCAAAAGGUUCACACCACAAAUGGAUCACUGACAGUCGGUCUUCUGAUAGAUAGAUCUAGCAACGUUAAUGUCGUUAAAUUCUGCUCAUGUGUUUAAUUUGUUAUACAUGGAAAGUACAUACAGUUGAUACAGGGGAUUUAUACAUUUAAGCUUUUUCUUUUUUAAAUUCUUGUUGCUAGCUCAGCACAAGAUUGGGCUUAAACUUAGUUUGACUGUUAAUACUUCUAAAGCAUGGGAAUAGUACAUAAAAUAACAUGAGAUAUUUUAGGGUAUGAUUGUACUGGAGCAUCACGUACAAUGUACGAAGGAAAAAAUAUUCACUACUCUAGUGCAGACAGUAAGCUCCUUUGCUCUUUCAGUGGCAAGCUCUGCAAUCAAAGGCGACUUAAUGGAUAUGGCUUCUGUAUUAGACAUAUAUUAGAGGAUCCAAGUGCGCCUUUUAAAAGAUGUGCUUAUGUUGCUAAGUCAAGUAAUCAGAUGUGCACUCAAGCUAUUCCUAAACAUGAAGAAAGAAGAUAUUGUAACAAUCAUAUGCAAGUAUUGGGAAUUCUGCCUAAGAAAGAAAGAAAAAAGAAAGAGAAAUCCUCUACCAACUCUGAAAUUAAAACUCCACUAAUCCUAAAUAGUGCUGUGAAAAACAAGUUCAUCUUCUCAAGCACGAAAGAUAAUAAUUUUUCUGCCAUAUCUAUACAACAUUCAAACUCUGAUGAUCCAGAUGAUCCAUAUGCAUUUUCUGAUACAGGCCCUACUGAAAACAAAUUAAUUUUACCCAUUGGAAAUAAUGUUCUAUCAUCUGACAGUAUAUUGGGUAAAUCUCUUCAAUCUGGUCAGGGGUUUGUUCGUUCUCCCAACGAUAUCAGCAGUUCCAGUGGGCUAAUGACAGGUGGAUCUAUGAUUGCAAAAUAUUAUCCUGAACUGGCAGAGAAGCUAGAAAAAAUGAGAGCCAAGCCUGAGCCAAAAUUAACACCAAAAAGUCGUGCAAAAAGCUCUCGAACUAUGAACAAAUUGCAAACUAAAAUAGCUCAAAACAAAAUAAAUGAAAAACUUAGAAAAUCUCAAGAACAUGGCCAUACAGAUUCUAACUCCAGUCCCUUGCAAUUAUCAAGUCCAGAGCAAAAUUUUGGCUUUGAACAUAGUCCUAGUCCAGGAUCUGGGUUUAGUCCUGCUUCAUCUCAUACAUUUAGUCCACAAGCUUCCACAUCAAAUUAUACAGGGAAUUUAAAUCUUCCUAGAUAUGAUCAAAAUUUGACUGUCCAGGAUAUACCUCCACUACCUCAAGUUGAUACUUCUUUGCUAGCCACACUAGCAGCACAAGAUAAUUUAGGAUUUCAAAACUCAAACAUUCUUGAGCCUGAAAGACACAUGGCAUCCCAUACACCACCUCGACUUCCUCCUCCAUAUCCUGGAGCAUCAUCAAUUUCUAUAGAUCCCCCUGUGAGUGCCUUUAGUCAGCAGGCAAAUUUAAAUAAUGUUUUAGAAUCUUUUAACUCAACACAUUGUUCUAGGCAGGCAUCCAUUUUACAAGUUGGACCUUCUGGACCUUCAUCAUUAUCAUCUUUGACAUUAAAUCCAUUGCAAAGUCAUCAAAGUAAUUUGCAAAGCACUUCAUUAGCAUCAUCUUAUUUAACAUCUCCUCCUUCAUUUCCCUCAACUAGUGCUCCUAGUUAUCCUUUUUCAACUUCCCAGUCUGGACCUGAAGUCCAUUUACCUGGACUGAAACAGAGCAACCACAUGUCUUCACUACUACCUCCAAAUGUGGAUAUUUUGUCUCUAUUAAAUAUGAACACCAAACUGAACAUUGAUCCAGCACUCAUGCUUCCCUCUCCAAAUACAUUAGCUGCUCACUUAAGUUUACCUCCACCACCACCAUAUGUACCACCAGCAGCACUACAAAAGACUACUGCUGUCAGUGUGACUAAUUCAACACCAAAGCCUUCUAUAAUUACAACUUCACCUGUGGUCAGUAAAGUUUCAGUUCCUUAUGUAAAACUGAAUAAACUUACUGGAGUCCUUACUGAAAAAGCAGCCAAACAGAAACUAAAAAGUGAUUUAGCAGUCAAUUUUUACUCAUUUUAUGCGAAAAGGAAAACUAGCAACCAUUUUUUAUUAGGACCAAAUUUAUUUAGUUCAGAUGAAGAAAGUGAGGAUGAAGACAGUGAUAUGUUACCAUGGCAAAGAGAUGUUUUCUCUGCCUCUUCUGAUGAAGAAGUAGACAGUGAUGAACUUGAAAAUGAUGUGCCAAUGGGAAUGAGACCUACCAAAAUUUCUUUACUGAAAACAAGAUUACGUCGUCAGUGGUGUCAAGCUAGAAGUGCUUAUAAAGUUAAUAGUCUUGUGAGAGAAAAUAAUAAUCAAGCAACAUUAGCUCUUAUCAGAACUGUUCGUGAUAGUGCUGCUUGUGCUGUCAGAGCACUUUGGCAAAUCACACAUGUGAAAAAAUCCAAGCGAAGAUUGAUAAGAAGACUAAAAAAGAAGAAAGUUUGCUGUAAUAAGAGUGAAAAGGAAGGACAGUGUCAAAAUCUUUGUUUGCCUUAUGCCAAUCAUUGCAUUAAACAUAUCACAUAUAAUAUUAACCAACAAUUGUUUGAUUUUUGCACUGCAAAGUUUGCUAACAAUGUUCAGUGUUGCCUCCCUUCAUUUGACCUUCGUCAUGAGCUGCCUUUAUGUCAGGAGCACGCUGCCAAGGCUGACAAUUACCAGAAACAAUUGGAGCUGGAAAAUAAGAAAAAGCCGAGGAAAAAAUCCAAACCACCAGCACUAACCAGACCCCCAAGAAAAGGCAAGAAGAAAAAGAAAGGCAGAUACAGCAAAGCUCAGAAACCUCUUCCUCCACCUGUGUCCAUAGGCUUGGAGUCUACUUUAUCUGAUGUAGAUGUGACCAGUAUAGAUACGUCUAAACCAGAAGAAAAUCUGUUAUUAGAAUCAACAAAGUCAUCAUCUUCCACUGUCAAGGAUAACUGUGUUAUAUCUGAUCAAGCUUUGAUACCAAACUUUGCAUCUCAGGUCAAAAGCUGUAGCAAAACUUUGGAUCAUGCCAUAGAUCUUGCUGAUGCAUUAUCUCCUGAUUUUGAUAAGCCCUUUGAAUUGCCUCUUGAACAAGCUUCUCGUCUACUAGAUGAAUCAGACUUUCAGGAAGUAGUCAACAAAAUGCCUUUUGAUGAUUUGGAUCUUUUUGGUAAAAAUGGGGAUAAUGACCAAGACCCAGAUCAUAUGUGUCUAGAUUUGAACUCUGCUAAUAAAGCCCGUGAUGCUCUAGAGAAACUUCUUUCAGGACCCAUGUCAGAAGAAGAAUCUUUGCAGCUGGCUAUGGUUUUAGCCCAGAAUCUCUCAAAUGAUGCUGAGCUUGCUCAUAAUGCUAGCCUUAUAACAGAGGCAAUGAACAGCUCUUCAUCCCACAGUGAUUCAGACAUUGCCAUUGGUGCUCACAUGAAUAAUGCUGGCCCUUCCACUAGUGUUGACCAUCAUUUGAUUAGCAUACAAUCCACUAACACAGCAGAGAACACACCAUUUGGAAUUUCUCAUGGUACUAUACAUUCAUCUUAUCAUCAGCCCAUUCAUUCUCAGCAGUCUUCUGCAGUGCAGCCAUUACAUUUAUCAAAGUCUUUACUCAUAAGCCCAUAUGGUCUCUUAGAUAGUCCUAAAACAACAGUAUCCUCCCAUGAAACUAUUCAGACAAGCACAGUAAAUACACUUUCAGUAAUGGAAGGACUACAGUCAGUUUUAGCAGCUGAUUUGAAUGCAGUAUAUGGCUUGAACAGAACACAGUUAUCAGCCAAUAAAUCAGCUGUGGCUGGUUUGGAUAACACUUGUAAAACACUACUGCACCAGCUACCAACAGACUCACAGACAUCCUCCUCAGCUGUUUACAUUGGUCCCCCACAAGGGGAGUUGAUCACAUCUCAGAUGAUGACUACCAAUGCCUCCAACUUAGUGCAGUCCCAGAAAAACAAUGUGGAUGUUACUAGGAGUAAUGUCCAUAUGGAUGUUGUGGUAACAACUCAAGGAUUCAGUACAUCAUCCUUGCCAGUUAUCAAUGCCCCCUCACGGACAAUAUCAUCACAGCACCAAAGCUUUGCUGUGUAUUCACCCUGCACAGUAUCAUCUCAGUCAUCAGGGGACCUACCCUAUUCUUUAUCUUUGCCAUCACCAGCUAAAAAAGCCAAAAUGGAUUCUAAUGAAGGAUCUCUUUCAAAAACUGUACAACAUAAUCUUCAACAACAUUUGCUCCAUCCACAGCAGCAGGGUACAAGGACUAUACUUCAAGCACCAGCUGUAUCCAAUUCUAAACUGACUUUGCCAGAAAAUCCUAGAACUUUCAGAGCACAUGAAGUCAAGUCUCCAUCAUCACCUAAACCUAGACAGACUUCCUCACCAUCAUCUAUACAGAGACUUGCUUUACCCAUGCCAACAUCUGGGCAAGAGAGUUUCAUAGCUAGUUAUUCUCACAAAUCUAUCCAACCUUCUGAUACUAUCAAACUCAAGCUUCCAUCCACUGGACUUCCAGAGAGGUUAUCAAAAGCAGAGAGCUUUCAGAUCUUAACAUCUACUUCCUCUGGGCUUUCCUCACGAAUGAGCCCAUUAACUGUGAACACCAUUAGAUAUUCUGAUAACUCUUCAAUUCUAUCACCAUCUAUUAUUACCACUAGUACUAGAAGACACAAUCUAUUAGAAGAUAAUGAUAAUGGUCCAAGUGAGUCUAUAUCAGUUACAGUACGGCAUCCAUCUCCUUUGGAAUUUGUGCCAAGCACAGUCCGGCAUACAUUACCUGAUACAUUUCCCACACCCAUGACUUUACCUUCAUCUCCAGCAUUGUCCCUACCCUUGAAAUCAUCAACCUCUCAGCCCUCUCUGGAACACAAACUUAGUGCACAGUGGGUCUCAGCAAGUCCUAUGGCGGCACUUCAGAAUGGACUUCCUUAUGGUGCUGCCACAUCUCACAGAACUCAGAUAUCUCAUCGGUUUAGUCCUGCUGGUCAGGGAAAUGUCAGAACUAAACAGACAAGUACAGCUUCUGAAGUAGCCAGGAUUACAGCAUUAGCUAAUGCUGCAGGUGUCCCUGUAGUUUGUAGCCCUGUUUCAUUACCUACCCUUGUACAGAACCUUUCAGCUGCAACAUUCAAAAGUAGUGGGUCCUCAUAAGUAAGAACUAAAAAUAAGGGAUCAAAAGAGAUGUGAUUUUUAAAUAUAGUAUAGUUUAGUAACUCAACAAGUUUUUAUUAGCAUUGGAAUAAAAACAAAAAUUCAAUAUAUUCCAUAUUCGUUGAUGUAAAUGAACAUAUUUUCAGAAUAACACUGUGAUAUUAAAUAUUGAAAUUACAAACAAACAUUUUGUGAAUGUACUUAACAAAUGUUGUAACAAAAAAUUACUGAAGUUUUUGAAAGCCCAAAUGUAUUUAAUAAUGUAUUGAAAUCAUUUGAAUUUCUGUACCAGUUGUGUGUUUUAACUUGUUGAGGAGCAAUUGAAUAGGUUUUAAAUGUGAAAAGGCUUGUUUAAUACUAUUAUUGAAUUUUGCUUUCAUGUUUAAUUAAAAGAAGGGAAUUAAUGUGGUAUCAUAUUUAAUAACAAAUACUAAUGUUCACAGUAAUAAAGAAUUUUUCUAAAUAAUUAUAUCAUUCUUUAAGAAUUCCUAAGUAAAUCAAACUGACACUGUCAUCCCUUUUGUACUCACCAACUGAAAUUGAAUCUAUGUAUUAAUUGAUAUCUUAGCCAAUAAUCAUCUAAGGCCUAAACUAGAUGACUAAAAAGACACAAAAUGAAAGCCCAAAGUUUUGUUUCUCUUCAACUAAAUUUAGAUACCGGUACUAGAUUUGGUUUUGAAUUGACUUUUGUUGAGUGUGUUUGUUAAUGUACAUUUACUUCAAGUUUUAUUAAUCAGUUGUGAACAAGUUAUGACAGAAAUAAAUUGUAAUAAACCUUUUCUAAAAGAUUUUAAACUGCUUAAUAGGCUUUAUUUUUUAUUCAUCAUAGACACUAUGUAAUGUUUCUAAAGAAUAGGUUUUUCUGAGGCCAUUGGUUUGUUGCAACUCUUUGCCCAAUACAGGAAACAUUUCUAGACUGACUCAAGCUAUUUUUUUACACACACCUUUUUGGGCCAAUCAAAAUUUUCAUUAGGUCAGUUACUAUGAGUAGCCUAGCUGGCUAUUACUAAGAUGACACUUAUAUGGUGCAUUGUUCUUUUUAAAUCAAAAUGAUAAGUUUACCUUUAGAAAGUAAAUUAUGAAUUAGUAAUUUUUAACUUAGAAGACUGCUUCAUUUGGUUGGAAAUACUGAGUAGAUUGUUUACUUUUGGAACUAUCCAUUGCUUAUAUUUCAUGGUGCUUGUCAUAUUUUCUACUCAGAAGAAAUUCAUCUAGUUUUUGUAAAAAAAAGUAAUGAGCAGAUUGAAAACUAAAUGUGUAUGUGAUUUGUGAAAAUUAGUGUUAAGUAGUUAUUAAUCUUUACUAUAAGUAGUUAUUAAUCUUUACUAUAAGUAGUUAUUAAUCUUUACUAUCUUUAUAUGACAGUUUCUGUCCAUUUUUUAUUGAAAACAAAUCAUGUGUUAAAGAAUUUGAAUAUAUCACUUUGAAUUGAGUUAUAUUUUUGAAUAGAAUAUAUCACAUGGAAGUGAUGGACCAUUGAAUGUGAUAGUUGAACAUGCUGCCUCUUGUUCAUUUUGAUCUGAUGACUUGACAUACAAGUGCAAUCAUUAUUGUUAAAAAAAUUUUUUUUAUAUAAACUGAGUGUUUUUCAUGUUUUUGUUUCUUUUUUUGUAUUUGUUUCAACUCUGGGUUGUACUUGUAAUGGAAUUGGAAGAAGCAUUUGAAAUAUUUACAAAUGCUUAACUAUCUAUAUAUAUACUGUAUAUAUAUAUAUA